AAUCGCAGCAAAGCACAGAGCUAGCUAGCGUCAGCUUAGCUUGUUGGUUCUUAGUGCUCUUGCUAGCUGCAGUGCUCAAUGGCGAAGGACAUUGAGGCAUCGGCGCCCGAGGGCGGCGAGUUCUCGGCCAAGGACUACACGGACCCGCCGCCGGCGCCGCUGAUCGACGUGGAGGAGCUGACCAAGUGGUCGCUGUACCGCGCGGUGAUCGCCGAGUUCAUCGCGACGCUCCUCUUCCUGUACAUCACCGUGGCCACCGUCAUCGGGUACAAGCACCAGUCGGACGCCACCGUGAACACCACCGACGCCGCCUGCAGCGGCGUCGGCAUCCUCGGCAUCGCCUGGGCCUUCGGCGGCAUGAUCUUCAUCCUCGUCUACUGCACCGCCGGCAUCUCAGGUGGGCACAUCAACCCGGCGGUGACGUUCGGGCUGUUCCUGGCGAGGAAGGUGUCGCUGAUCCGGGCGGUGCUGUACAUCGUCGCGCAGUGCCUGGGCGCCAUCUGCGGCGUGGGGCUCGUCAAGGGGUUCCAGAGCUCGUACUACGUGCGGUACGGCGGCGGCGCCAACGAGCUCAGCUCCGGCUACUCCAAGGGCACCGGCCUCGGCGCCGAGAUCAUCGGCACCUUCGUGCUCGUCUACACCGUCUUCUCCGCCACCGACCCCAAGCGCAGCGCCCGCGACUCCCACGUCCCGGUGCUGGCUCCUCUCCCCAUUGGAUUCGCGGUGUUCAUGGUCCACCUCGCCACCAUCCCCAUCACCGGCACCGGCAUUAACCCGGCGAGGAGCUUGGGCGCCGCAGUUAUCUACAACAAUGACAAAGCCUGGGAUGACCAAUGGAUCUUCUGGGUGGGGCCCCUGAUCGGCGCCGCCAUCGCCGCCGCCUACCACCAGUACGUGCUGAGGGCCAGCGCCGCCAAGCUCGGGUCCUACCGGAGCAACGCCUGAGUGCGGCGGCGGCGCGCGCGCGCGCGAGGUGGCGUUGAAGUGUAGAUACGCGUACAAGAAACGGCCGCCUCGAUCGGUCCAGCGCUAGAUCACAAAACGGAUCGCCAGUUCUUCGGUUCAGUCUUCGCAUCGUGCAUAUUUCGAUCGAUCGCCUCGUGGAUACGAUGGUUCUAUCUACUGCGUUUUACUUUACGUAACUAUCUCAUGUUGCAUGUAUAUGGUCUCCGUUCCUUUGAUAUAUAUCCAUGUGUUCGCGGAAGGCCGGACGCUAAUGUUUGUUUGCUUGCCUCUGGUCCUUCCAAGCUUGCCUAGUUUUCCUUCACAUUCUUCAUGUAUGUAUGUAUGCAUCUGGAGGAUUUCAAAAUUUAUAUAGUUAUAUUACUAUGUUCGAUUUUAUUGUGCAUGUA